AUGCCACGGCCUGAACCAAAGAGCACUGCAAAGCCUGCAAAUAUGUUUGAUGAUAGAGUAGUACGCCUGACUAAAACCGUAAAGCCCCAGAGUGUUGCACGGCCAAUUCCUGGGGUUUCGUCUUCUGUUCUUUACAACGAAGAGACUGGCGUGCUGAAAGUGAUUAAGUUCCAAAGUGGAUUUGGGAAGGCUGUAAGGAGUGCCCGUGAAAAAAUGAAACUGUCCCAGAAGGAUUUGGCUUCAAAGAUCAGCAAGCCUGUCCAUGCAAUUACAGACAUUGAGAAGGAUGAUGCUGUGUUUGACAAGCUGAUUCUGCAGAGACUGGAGAAAGUGCUGGAGACUAAGUUUGAAGCACGCUUUUCGCAGGGAAAGUAG